AUGAACAACCUGAGGAGCACCAUCAUAGGCUGCCUCCUGUGCCUCCUGCUGCUCUCUGAAGCUUCAACAGGGAUGAGGUUGCCCAGAGAAACCAAAGCUGUUUGGCAGCGUGGCAAAGAUGCUUCAUACGAGAUCCUCAGGCAGUUAGAGAAGCUGGAUAUCAAGAAGCCAGCGGCAUUUGAAACAACUGUUCAGUUUCCUCAACCAAUUGAAUGCAGCGACUCCUGUGAUCCAGAUUCCUUGGCCACCACAAAUAAACUGCCGUGCCUGACAAAAAUCAGCAAUGGACUCCGCCAUUAUCAUGACCUGCUGGCCAUGUUUUCUGAUCCAACGGUACCAACUGAGCUCCAGAACGCCCUGGAUAUCUUGCUAGAGCUGCCACUUCUAAAUGAAUCAGAGCCGGGAGCAUAUUUAACCCAAAUCAUUCAUCUCCUGCAGAAUGAAAGCGGCAAUGAAGGACGCAGCCCGGUCAGCAGGUCCGCCGUGCCAGGGUGGCAGAUGGCCCCGCUGCAGAAUUUGACCCUGUGGCGCCUGCAGUCCUUUGGGGUGGUGGCGGCAAGAGUCUUCUCCCACUGCACUGCUUUAGCUUAGAGAGAUCAAGACGCAUCAACUAGAGUCAAUGCGGAUUGAUGAGAAACAUCAAGACAAGAAGUUCUAAGGAGAGAAGCCAAUCAUCAUCAUCAUCAUCAUCAUACUUUAUUUAUAUUCUGCCUCAUCUCCCUGAGAGGGCUUCAAUUGAUGAAGUCUUUUCCCCCCCAGUUGUAUACUUCCAUGAAUUUUAACUUAUUUAAUCUAUAUUAUUUAACUUAUAUAUUUAUAUAUUUAUGUAUUUAUUAUUUAUUUGGCUGGAAUUCAGCUGGGCCAUCGAGGCAUCAUAGUUGGCCCAUAAUGUAUGGAGAAUGUUAGUGCCAGCGAUUAAAUAUUAUUAAGAAAGGGGUACGAUUUGUUCCAAAACCUGGCUCCUUUUGUUUCCAUAUUGUGUCCCUGUUUUUAAGGGAUUACAUGUGAUUUAUAAAAUUAUGUGGAUGUAUUUCAUGAAAUAAAGUAUUUUAUUACAC